AUGAUCCGAGGGCUCGAAGGGUUUUUGCACGAUACGCAGUUGCUUCGGGAGGAGUCCCUGAGUGUGCUGAAGAAUACGCGACUGGGCAUUGACUUGUCCUACUACCUACGUGAGGUCCUGUCGCAUGCCUCAACCGCGGAGCCGCUGGUCGCCGCGAUCGGUGGGCAGCCGUUAGCGUUGCUCUCGCAUAUCGAGAAUGAUAUGCAUGUGCUGGAGCAGCACCGGAUCAAACCGGUGUUUGUCUUGAAUGGCUUGUCGCCGGCGAAGCGAACUCGCCCGUUUAGCUACGAAGACCGUCGACCGGGUCUGCGCAAACGUGCGUGGGAAGCGUACGAAGCGGGCAACGUUACGCUGGCGCACCAGCAGUUCACGGCAAGUAAUAGAGUGCACUUCCCUGACUUGUACCGUGCGGUGUUGCGUAUGUUCCGUCACCGGCACAUCGACUAUAUGAUUGCGCCGUACCAGGCGACGGGGCAGUUGGUGCUGCUGGAGCAGCAUGCGAAGCAGUAUGUGCAUGCGAUGUAUGGCCCCAUGGAACUGCUGGCCUUCGAUGGCGUGGACAAUGUGAUCCAGCACAUCGACUUCAAGAGCGGCAAGUUUACGUUUGUGUCGAAGCUCUCGAUUCUGCGUGAGCUUCAAUGCCAUGAGGCCGAAUUUCUCGAUGCGGUGCUCCUGGCUGGUAUGGAGUACUGUACGACAUUCCCUGCGCUGCAGGAUGAGUCGAUCGGUCUUCUGCCUGGUGGUGGGGGCCCGCCCAACCUGCGUGCCAUUGUUAUGCUGGUGAAACAGUACCGCAGCGGUUUCGCGCUGUGCACGCAGUUUGCUGAGCACCCUGCCGUCGUAAAGAGCUCGUACUUGGACCAGUUCUGCCAUGCACGUACCAUGAUCAAGUUUAGUUUGGUGCUGAGCAGCGAGGGCGGUGUUGUCGUGCCAUUGCCGCUAGCGCUGUAUGAAAAGGGCCCGAAGCCGGAGAUUCCCAGCGACUUGCACGAAAUCUUUUCGUUCCGCCUGCCUGACCAGGCGUUGCUGUACCUGUCGCGGGGCCUGAUGAGCUCCAGUGUGCUGGGCAGUCUGCUGAGUGGCUACGUGAUUGAGCCGGCUCCCCUCGACAAUGGCGAGGCGUUGGAGUACCGUGGGUUUGUGCGCAACUACCUUACGGAGACGGCGACCAGCCCGCGGUGCAUGGCCGUGGCCUUGGCGUGUGCAUCGCUCCAUCCGUUCUGGCGCCAGCGCAAGGUCUCGGCUGUGUACUGGUUCCAGCCGAUGCUGGAUUGCCCGCUGCCACACGAGGCGCCUGAAGCACAGCAGCUCUUGGCACGUAUCGACAAAUGGCACGUAUCGGCGUCGGUGCUGGAGGAAGAGCUGCGUCGCCAGUCGUCGUCCACCAUCGAUAUGCUCCUGUGCCUCAAUACCACAGCAGAGGCAAGCCGCGUAGCAAGUACGUUUGCCUCACCAGAUGCACCUGUGCGUCUUGAAAAGAAGGAUGAAAUUGUGGCGAAUACGUUGUGGCGGCUGUUGGAAGUACGCUCGUUCCUCACCGCCGAGCAUGUUCACACGCCGUACGGUCGGGCGCUGCAUGUCGCACUGCAGCAUGUGCGCAUCAACGACCGGCUGCAAGAGCCGCUGUACCUGGCCGUGGAGCUCUUGCGCGCAGGUGUCCUCCAUGCGGAGCUGUACAGCGAGACGAGUUACAGCGGCGGGCCAUCGCUGGGGACGGAGAAAGAGAUGCAGCAUACGCUGCUGGUCAUGCGGGCGCUAAGCCUGCUCCCGAUGACGUUCAAGGCGCAGGCUUGGGACGCGCCGCUCUCGCGCGAGCUAUUGGUUUUCAACUCGUUUGCAAAGGCGCUCUCGCGUUCGCUACGGUCUCUCACAGAAAUGGUCACGCUGUCCCUGCUGCUGCGUGGCGAGUCGCGUCAGCAGCGUGAGGAUUACUUGGACAUUAGCCUGAGCUUGCCGUUCCAGGCAGAUACCAAUACGGGCAUGGGGAUUCUGAUCAAGUGCUACUUGGAUGCGCUGUAUACGCUCCAUGGGGGUGCCUUGCAGUCGGGCGAGGAGACCUCGGACGAGGUCCUGGAAGCCAAGUCUACGGUGGUCGACAUGCUAGUCGAGACGUUUGACAAUGUGCGCGAUGUCACACAUGAGCUGCAUCGGGCGAGUCGGUUCUGGACAGCGCUCAUGACCGCGGUCGAAGUGCUGCACGAAGAAAAGGCGCUGGAGGAGAGCCUUGUGCAGACAUUCCGUGAGACGGAUGCGCAGCUGCAGCCCUGCUGGCUCCGCACGACAGCCCUGUGA